UGCUCACCUUGAAUGGCUUUCGCUCCACGUGCUCUGCAUUGGAGGCAGUGGCUACGGCUGCCAAUGCCAGUGCUGCUACACCAACGUGUGACUUCAUGAGGCGAGAGUACGAGGUGUUUGCGUGCGAGUGAGUGAGUAUAUGCGCAGGAGAUGCUAUGAGGUGAGAAGGAAGCGUAUGUCUCAAUGUACAAGAUGGUCAGAAGGUGUGAGUACAAGUCUCCUGUUGCCGCGCUGGUGAGCCUGUCUGCCGCCUCUGGCCUUCUUCCUUGGGAUUCCUUCCACGUCACGCCUCGCCGCGCCUCGCAUCUCCUGCGCCCAACACCCAACUCAAUCUCCGAGCCGCUCGGGCCUUCUCCUUCUCCCAGAUGUCGGCAGGGCUCCCCCUUCCGUUCCUCUUGUCAGUGUUCGCUCGCUUCCUCGCUCGCAAUGCUAGUCUACUAAUACAGUCGGAUCAUUGCACAGAUACAACAAA